CGUCAACAAACCUCCAAAACAGACCACUGCUACCACGGUACCUCUGUCAUUGUCCCUAAUUGACAUAUCCAGAGGGCGAUAAACCGAGCAACCAUGUUUCUCAACACUGGCCUCUCGCGGAGGGCCCUCAAGCCCUACGUCGCCGAGUUCCUUGGCACGGCUCUCCUGAUCGUCGUCGGCGAUGGUGUCGUCGCUCAAUGCCUCCUAUCCGACUACCAAUAUGGCACCUGGCUAUCGAUCAACAUUGCUUGGGCUGCAGCUGUCUGCCUCUCAGGUUAUCUUUCUGACCCCAGUCCCUCCAUCAACCCUGCGGCGACCAUUUGCAUGGCCCUCGUCCGUCCUACCCCUGGCCAAUGGCGCAAACUCCCCGGCAAACUCUUCGCCCAGUUCCUCGGUGGUUUUGUCGGCGCUACCAUCGUAUAUAUCAACUACCGCUCUGCCAUUAAAGACUGGGAUCCGGAGUUUACCAUUCCUGGUGGCUCGAUCCUGAGUCCCCGUGGACACCAUUCUGCCGGUAUCUUCUCGACUUACCCUGCUGCAUUCUUUGAGUCAAAUUGGGAGGCCGCGUUUUCGGAACUGCUUGGCUCGGCAGUGCUUAUGUUUGGAUGUCUGAGUAUCUCGGAUCCGGCCAAUGCGACGAGGUUUCAUUCGCCUCAGGUGACGGUGUUUUUCCUCCUCCUUGCUAUUGGAGCUGCUCUGGGCUGGCAGACUGGUUAUGCUAUCAACCCCGCAAGAGACUUUGGCCCGAGACUGUUCUCCGCUUUCAUCUAUGGCAGGGAGGUAUUCACCGCCGCGAACUACUACUUCGUGGUGCCGAUUUUCGCUCCGAUUGUUGGUUGCAUACUGGGGGCUACUGUUUACGAUUCGCUCCUCUAUGAGGGAGAAGGCUCUCGCAUCACCGACGCUUUUGACAGAGCCGAGGAUCGCGAUGGCGCUCUUCGACUGCAUUAACGAAUUUUCCACCGAGUGAAGGAUCCUGAUUACCGCUGGCCUCCAAGAGGACUAUGGAUAUUUGUACGAUGAGAUGCGGAGACUUUAUGUGGACAUGUAUAGAUGGGGUGUUGGGACGAUUAUGAGUAUGAUGUGAGAGAUGUAUGAUGAUAGAGUGUAUAUGUUUCUAGACUGAGAUUGCGUGCUUUCUGUUAUUAUGUUAUCCUGGGAUACACGUUGAGGGCGCCGACAGGGUGAGCUGCGGAAUGCAACUUGCUGCCCGCUCGUUAUCGGUCACUUCAAGGACCGCAUGCACACUGACAUGGAACCAUGUCAUUGGAUAAACAGCCGGGUUGGCUGCAUUCUUAGGCAUUUUACCUCGAAGCUUUCUCACGAGAACUGAGCGAUCAAUUGUAUGCCGGUUGAUAAUCUGCGAACAUUGUGAGGUACUAUUGAAGACAUGGGCGUGAUGCGCCCACCUUGGAAUUUCCC